AUGGCAUCCUCAUUGUUGGACACUAAGCCACUUUUUACCCCAGGAAUUAAGAGACGUGUGAAAGAUAAAAGAAUUUCAAAGACUGCUAAAUUUAAUGUUUCCCUCGCUUCAAAAAUCAGAACCAAAAUAAUCAAUAAUUCCUCUAUUUUAAAAAUUUCUCUAAAGCACAACAACAGGGCAUUAGCUCAAGCUCUUAGUAGAGAGAAGGAGAAUAAUCGAAGACUUAUCACAGAAAAGACACUGUUGCAAAAGGAAGUGGAGAAACUGAAUUUUGAGAACACAUUUCUACGCCUAAAGUUAAAUAAUUUGAAUAAGAAACUUAUAGAAAUAGAAUCACUCCUGAACAACAGCUUGAUAACUGCAAUUGAAAUGAGCAGCCUUUCUGAUUUUCAUCAGAGUCCCUUUGUACUGCCAUCUUGCCAGAAGAAAAGAAUUAAUAAACAGUGCAAGUUGAUGCAUCUUCCAUUUGCAAGGGUUCCAUUAACUUCAAAUGAUGACGACAACGAGGACGAUGAUGAUGAUAAAGAGGAAAUACAGUGUGACAGCAAGGUCAUGCCAGCGUCAUCACCUGAUAUUUCCUCUUUGGCGUCAAAAAGACAGCCUUUAUCAAGUCUGCAAACUUGGGAAUUAACAUCUCUUAAAGGAAAUCAGCAGAAUGUGCAUGUGUUAGAGAAUCCAGAACAUACUUCUUCUGUUGUUGAUGAAAACUGUGAUCAAAUUCCAGAUCCUUGCAAACCAGUUAAAGAGCAGAAGAAAGAAUCCUUAGGCAAGACAAAUAACAUUUUAUCGAAAGGUAAGCACAAACCUGUUUUAUGUUUUGCCUUUGUAGAAGCAAUGAAAGGAGAAUGGCAAGUCAUAAAAGUAAAUAAAACAACAUCCACAUCAAGGAGAAGGAAAACCAUCAUAGAUUCUUCCCCACUUAAUAAUGAAAUAAUAGCUAUAGCAAACCCUCUUCAAGUGAAGUCAUUGGAAUCUGAACAAUGUGAUGAGGAAAACAAUUUAGAGAGAGAGCAAAUUGUUAAAACGCCACAUUUUCACAGAAAAAUAUUUAAAUCUUUAUCUGAGCUAUAUUUACCUAAAACACAAGAUUGUUCCUUUACAUCUCUUCUUGAAGGUUUAAUACCUUUGAGUAUUUCUUCUGGUGAGAAUAUGAUGAAAGACAUUUUUACACUGGCAAACAUACCAGAUGACAGAAUGCUACAGGACUUGACAAAUACCAGGUUUGAUUCAAAUAACACUCCUAAAUCUGAAAAAAAGGUAGAAGUUGCAUGUUCAGAACGUCUAAGCCGUAGAAGAUGUAUUCCUUUUUCUUUAAAAGAGCCAAGCCUUAAAAGUGUUUAUGCAUUUGUUAAAAAUUUUCAGAUUAGAAUAGGAAACUAUAUUCAUGUUGAAUUUGAAACUUAG